GGAGAAACUCAACAGUUGUAUAAAUCAAAAUCAUAUAGUUAUUUAUUGGUAGGGUCUACAUUAAAACUCCAUUCUUCUGAUUUCUAGCCCAUUUAUUUUUUUCGUAAUUAUUAUCUUUUCUACUCUUUUUCAUGUUGUGUGAGUUUGAAAGGCAGUUUAACUGAUACACAAGAAUGUUGCUGCAAAUGGAGCUUGACAGUAACAGGAAGGCUAUUUGGAUGAAUAAAAAAUAUUUUUGCUUUUUUUUUCCCUAGAGGAAAAGAUGCUAGAGCCACAGGAGAAUGGCUUGAUUGCACUACCAGAUUUUGAGCAUGUGGAAGAUGAAACUUUCCCUCCUUUCCCACCUCCAGCCUCCCCAGAGAGAGAAGAUGGUGAAGGAGCUGAACCUGAUGAAGAGUCAGAGAGGAGAGUACCUCUUCCUGUACCGCCAAAGAGAACUGUUAAAAGGAAUAUACCUAAGCUGGAUGCUCAGAGAUUAAUUUCAGAGAGAGGGCUUCCAGCCUUAAGGCAUGUGUUUGACAAGGCAAAAUUCAAAGGUAAAGGUCAUGAGAUGUACAUGUUAACUGUUUCUUUUUUAACUACAGAUGAAGUAGGGGAAAAUAAUGGCGAUGAUGUAACUGCUACCGAAUUAGAUCCAUUUUUGACAAACUCAUCUGAAAGUGAAAGGUUUGCUUCUGAGUCAAGUAGAACCCUGACAGAAGAGCAACAGCAAAGAAUUGAGAGAAAUAAACAACUGGCCUUGGAAAGAAGGCAGGCAAAGCUCCUGAGUAACAGUCAGUCCCUAGGAAAUGACUCGUUAAUGGACACACCCAGGGCAGAGACAGUUGGAGAGGUUAAUACAAGUGAAGAUCAAAAAGAGGAGGAGACAAACGGAUGAAAUGAAGACAUUCUAGAAAACCCACAUCAUGAUGCUGACAAUACUGUAAAUGUAGAGGAGGAAUUAAACCUGAACCAAUCCUUUUAAAAUGUACAAUAGUAACUUUAUGUUGCACCCAAAAAUGAUGUUACUGAAGUUGGAUUGGCCUCAGCUAGGAGAGAAAAUGUGUCUGUUAACUUGCUGUUCCCCAGGUUUGGGGUUACUGUCUACAGUAUUUUGUCUACUUUGAGUGAAAAUCCUUACCUAGUAAAACUUUUGCAGCUUCCUGUUUAAAAUCUGGUAUUUAUUCUGGUAUUUAUUUAUAAUUAUGCUUGUCAUUUACUUAUUAACUUUAGUUACUGUUUAUUCUCUUCCAUGUUUAUUUUUACACAGAUGAAUAUGACUUCAUAAAAUUAGUAGCUAAUAAGCAAUUUCUGCAGCUAAUGUGCCAUUGGGUGCAUUGUUUUCACUAAAUUGGGUGAUGUUUUAAGAUGUAAAUAUUUAUUGAAUAUUAAUGUCCAUUUUUUAAAAGAAGUAAAAAUUAUUUUACAAACUCUAGAGGCUUUAUGAACAUUUCUCAUCACUAUUUAGUACUGCAGUUUACACUUCUGGUAGAAUGUUUAAGGUCUCCAUGUAUUUACAUGUAUUCAGAGUCGUCACUUUAAUAUUUGAAAGGUAACAUGAGAGACAUACAUUGCGUGGCCUGUAUAGGUGCUAAAUAUACAACUUCAAAUAACAGGGCACUGCUCUCUCUGACCGACUAGUUGGAGAGCAGUUUGCAAAGUGCCUUGGGGGAUACAGAGGACUUAGGAGAGUUCACAGGAGUGACCUUUGAGUUGGCAGAGCAAAUUGCAAGUAUUGGGAAGAACACGUACAGUAGUGACAGAGAAAUGAAGAUUUAGGAAAUAAGGAAGACUUGGGAAUGGUGAAUAUAGGCUAGAGGAGUUAAGGCUGGAUGGUGAGAGGACCCCACUAGAGUCCUUCCCCUGCCUGAGCUUAUUAACUUACUUGGUGGAGGGAGUAAUUACAGAGAAAGCACCUUGUUGACAACCAAGUUCAAAACAAAGUCUGGUU